ACAAUUUCGUAAGAUGAGCAAAGAGAUGCCUUUACAGUUUUUACCAUUUGCAUCAUCUGUGGAUACAGGAUUUUGGCACAAAUUUAGUCAGCUCAAGCUGGAUGUAUUGUGCCUGAAAGAAGAAGCUGUAUCUUUGACUGGAUACUUCAGUAACAGCACUGCUUGUGGAAUGCCAGCUCUCUUCAAUGUGGACUCUGCAUCAUUUGAGAGAUCUCCCGGCGACCUUGCGUGUCCAGGCCUCCUGAUAAAUACGAAUACCAGGGAGGCGUUUAAGGAAUUUGACAAGGCUCGUCUCCUGCAAGAGCAUGGCCGCACCAUUCUGCGGGCAAUUACCGAUGGCACGGCUCUUGAGACACCGUGCCUGCUCAAUCCGUUCCUGCUGGUCACAUUUGCGGACCUAAAGAAGUAUGACUUCUUCUACUGGUUUGGAUUUCCUGCACUCAAACAGCCAUCUUCUGUAGCUGCACUGGAACCACCGCAGCAGCUGUCUGAGGCGUUGUCAGCUGGCCAGAUAGCGCAGCUGGAGUCGGCCGUGUCAGCCGCCGGCUCGCCGCCCGCCUUCCUGCUGCAGCUGCUGCCGGAGGUGUCCGUGCUGCCACUGCAGCGGCUGGGCAGCGCGCCGCCGGCCGGCGAGCUGCUGCUGGCCUUCUGCGACCCCAGCGCCGACCCUCAGCACCCCGGCUGGCCGCUGCGCAACCUGCUGGUGCUCUACUGGCACCACUGGGGGCGAGAUCGGCCUGACGUCCGCGUGCUCUGCUGGCGAGACGUUACCCGCGGAGGAGCGCGCUCUGUCGGACACAGUCUGAUACUGAAGUUACGACUGUCGCAUGAAGAUGGCGGCGGCUCCGACGUGCCGCCGUCGGUGACCGGCUGGGAGCGAAACGAAAGAGGCAAGAUGGGCCCGCGCCUGGUUAACCUCAGCUCAAGCAUGGAGCCGACGUUGCUGGCGUCCAGCGCGGUGGACCUGAACCUGAAGCUGAUGCGGUGGCGUCUGGUGCCGGAGCUCGAGCUGGAGCGUAUGACCUCGGCUCGAUGUCUGCUUCUCGGAGCCGGCACGCUCGGCUGUAACGUGGCCAGGGCUCUGCUGGGCUGGGGUGUGCGGCACAUCACGCUGAUCGACAACGGCGUCGUCUCCUACUCCAACCCGGUGCGGCAGAGCCUGUUCACCUUCGAGGACUCGGUGCAGCGGCGGCCCAAGGCGGUGGCGGCGGCCGCCCGCCUGCGCGACAUCUUCCCGGGCGUGGUGUCGGAGGGUGUCGAGCUGUGCGUACCGAUGCCGGGCCAUCCGGUGGGCGCGGCCGAGGUCGGCCAGGUGGCGGCCGACGUGCACCGGCUGCGACAGCUCGUCACGGAGCACGACCUGCUCUUCCUGCUGAUGGACAGCCGAGAGAGCCGCUGGUUGCCGACCGUCAUGGGCGCCGCCCACCAGAAGGUGGUGAUCAACGCCGCGCUCGGCUUCGACUCUUACCUGGUGAUGCGACACGGCAGCCGGCCGCCGGGCGCCGCGCCGCCCGCCACCGACGGCGUCGACCGGCGCCAGCUCAUCCCCGGACACCAGCUCGGCUGCUACUUCUGCAACGACGUCGUGGCGCCGGGCAAUUCUGUUCACGACCGGACGCUGGACCAGCAGUGUACGGUGAGCCGGCCCGGAGUCAGCAUGGUGGCCGCCGGCCUGGCCGUGGAGCUGGCCGCCGCCCUGCUGCAGCAUCCCCAACGGGACGGCGCGCCGGUCAGCCCGCGGUCGGACGGCGCCGAGGCGGCCACUGCCGGCCCGCUCGGCUCGGUGCCUCACAGCGUGCGCGGCUUCCUGGGCCCGCUGCAGCAGCUGACGCCCGCCACGCUCGCCUUCCCCCGCUGCACCGCCUGCUCCGGCCCGGUGCUUGCAAAAUACCGAGAAGAGGGUGAGGAGUUUCUGCUGAAGGUUUUCAACCGGUCGGGCUAUCUGGAGGAUCUGACUGGCUUGACGGAGCUGCAGCAGCUCACUGAGGCCACAGAGCUGUGGGAGCUGGAUAACGAUCCGGACGACUUCUGAGUGGAGUGUACUGGCGGGUGGAGGACAGCGCCGGCGGACUCCGAGUCACGGGCAGACUCAGGGUCUCGGAGCGGACUCGGAGGCCCGGAAUAGACGCCGAGUCAUGGGGCUUUCACGUGGCCCACCGCAGACCAGGUAACAGUGUUGAAAUAGCCAGCCAGCCAGCUGGCGGGCCAUGGACUGCCGGCCACAGCUUCAGGCGGAAGGAGUGCAGGCCGGAGUGUGGCUGGCGUGAGGACUGUGAGCCGGAGCGUAGCUGGCGUGAGGACUGCGAGCCGGAGCGUAGCUGGCGUGAGGACUGUAGGCCGGAGCGUGGCAAGAGGGAAGACUGCGAGCCGGAGCGUAGCUGGCGUGAGGACUGCAGGCCGGAGCGUGGCAGGCGGAAGGAGUGCAGGCCGGAGUGUGGCUGGCGUGAGGACUGCGAGCUGGAGCGUAGCUGGCGUGAGGACUGCAGGCCGGAGCGUGGCAGGCGGAAGGAGUGCAGGCCGGAGUGUGGUUGGCGUGAGGACUGCGAGUCGGAGCGUGGCUGGCGUGAGGACUACAGGCUGGAGCGUGGCAGGCGUUAGGACUGCGAGCCGGAGCAUGGCUGGCGUGAGGACUUCAGGCCGGAGCGUGGCAGGCGUGAGGACUGCAGGCCAGAGCGUGACAUGCGUGAGGACUGCUGGCCGGAGCGUGGCACAGGCGGGGUGGCCACGCUGCGUGUUGUGAGCCAAGACCGGGAAAGCGAGGCUGGGGCGCAUCCAGAGAGUCCCAGAGCCAUCGGAGGGCCAGAAUCACGCUGGGAUCACCGGGUGAUCCAGA